GCCCAACAACAACACAACUCCCAUUGUCGCAUGAUUGUGUCGUGUUCUUACUUGUUUUGACUCACAACAACUCAUUCACCACUGAUGAAUAAAUCCUGACAUUUUCAAACGUUGUUUUGUUUCUUCUUUUUCAUGUUCCUAACAUCAUUGAUCACUGAUUGAAUUAAGCAUUAAAGUUUCAAACUUUACUAAAAUGGUAUUGCUAAUUGCACUUGCAUUGCUUCUUGGUAUUUUCAUUGCUUUUCUUCUUUUCAACCCAAAACUUCACAAAUCUGGACAAAAGGGAAAAACUGGUUCCAGCUCAAACACUGAUAAGACAUCAAAAUCCUAUAGUAAAACUGAAGUCACGUUGCAUAACACGAGAACAGAUUGCUGGAUAAUCAUCAAGAACAAGGUAUAUGAUGUCACCUCAUAUGUGGAGGAGCAUCCAGGUGGUGAUGCCAUUCUAGCACAUGCUGGAGAUGAUUCAACUGAAGGAUUUUUCGGGCCACAGCAUGCAACUCGGGUCUUUGACAUGAUUGAGGACUUCUACAUUGGAGACUUGGAGCAAUAGCCAAUACUACACUUGGAUUUCCAUUGCAAACUUAUGUUUCGGUCCAAAAGUAUGUUUGCCUCAAAGGAACUCUAGAGAUAUUUGGGAUUCAUUUGUACGAUCACAGUUUCUAGGCGGCAUUGGCUGGUUUGUAACGUUCAAGAAAUUUGUGAUUCGACAAUUCCAAUAUUAUAUUUCUUGUUUGCCCCUCAUUUUUGCGAUCCUUAUCUGAUUUUUCAUCUUCAUUAGACAGUAGUUCAGGUGUUACUGUUUGAAAUUGGAGGGUAAUCUUGUCAUUCUCAGGUACUUUGUUAUGAACAUAUGAUUAUCCAGGCAAUAGCAUGUCUUGUCUUGUAAUUGUUUAAACUUAACAAAUGUACUGUUUAGGUAAAAGCCAUACAAGAAGCUUAUGUGUAACAGAAAAAUGGAAUCAUACAAUUGAAUGUGAAUCAUUGACUGUAUCUGUAUGUACAUUUAGUGGUUCUUGAUUGUUAUACAUGAAUUACA